GAAAAAGAAGACAAAUUCAAGAUGGUCGCAGUGCACUGAUUUAUUUUAUUUUUGUUGUAACUUUUAUGCACAGGUUAAAUGUAAAAAAAAAUCAGUUUACAGUUUAGUUACUAUGCAAAUCAAACCCUUCACAAGAAUAUCUUCAAGCUGGCCGUUUGGUCGACGUUCAGCAGCAGCAGUCUCAAGACAGCAUUCUUAGUUAUCCAAUCAACAAAAUAGUUUAUUUUUGUACCCUGAGAACUCGCCUUCCAUUCAAAAAGAAAACAAUAAACAAAUAAAGAAUAGAAGACCUGCUGUGAAUUGGAAAUUAGAAAUUUAUAUUCUCUCGAGUUGAAGUAAAUAAGAUGGAUUAAACCGUUGGAUUAAACUAUUAGUUUUAUUGUUAUGCUUGAUGCUUUGGAGAAAUGGCUGCGUCAGGGACAGAUAUAGAAGAAUUCCUGGGAGGGCCCCUUGUUAAAUGGCUUGCUACAUGUGUGAAGAAACCAGAUGCCCUCCAAGUCUAUGAAACAUUUUUCGAUGGAGCACCAAUAAACGAAGUUUUACUACAAAUUGAUCCGGAACCGUCCCUACCAGUGCCUACUGUUUCCAAUCUACAGGGUCUUCAUAUAACAGCCGCCAGAAUUAAAAUUUUCCACUCGAUCAUCAAAAACAUUAAAAGUAUUUAUGAAGACGAACUCGGUCAAGUUAUAAUCAGCCUUCCAGAUUGUGUCACUCUAGGCAGAGCUCCAGCUUCAGAUGCCGCUUUGCAACAAUUGAAACUGCUUAUUUUGCUCUUACUAGGAUGUGCUGUCCAGGGUCCUACAAAAGAAAUAUUUAUCACUAGAAUUAAGGAAUUAGACGUUGAUGCUCAACACAAUAUAGUUGAGUGUAUAAAGCAGGUCACUGAUGGGCAAAAUUUGGUUCUGACAACUGAUUGGACAGAACAAGCUCCUCAAAAAUUAUUUUCACAUGUUAGAGCUUUGACAAGCGAAAGGGAUAAACUUUUGCAACAAUGGGUUAUAGAUUUAGGCCAAGAAAACAUCGUCAACAGUGGAAAUGUUACAAAAACUGGUCAAGAAGGCGUAGAAUCAAAUCAUUGGGCUGUAGAACUUGCUGAUUGGAAAGCUAGAUUGAGGAAGCAAAGACAAGAAUUAGAGGAAAAAACUGAAAUUUUAGCAGAAUAUAAAGAGGAAUUGGAGCAUGCAACAAGCUUGGUUACUAAACUAAAAGCUGAGAACAGUGACUUUUUGUCUGAAGCCAGGAAGGCCAAAGCUUAUAGAGAUGAAUUGGAUGCUAUGAGAGAAAGAGCUGAAAGGGUUGACAGACUUGAAUUGGAAACACAAAGGUAUAGGGAAAGGUUAGCAGAUUCAGAGUUCUACAAAGUGAGGGUGGAUGAGUUGAGGGAGGAUAAUAGAGUCUUGUUGGAAACUAGAGAAAUGCUGGAGGGGCAGUUGGUGAGAGCGAGGCAAAGGGCAGACCAAGUUUUGGAAUUGGAAGCAGAAUUGUUGGCAUGUAAGCAAAGCAUCAAUGAAGUAACUUUGGAAAGAGAUGCAGCGAGAGAAAAAAUCCAAGAGCUAGUAGAUGAAAAUGUUCAGCUACAGCAAGUGACAAAAUCUGCAUUGCAAGAAUCUAGUUUGGGAAAUAUUUCCAUAGACUCUGAUAAUGAAGAGUCAAAUUCGGGUGAUAAUAGUCUUUCUGAGCAAUUGACUAGCAACGCUCAGGCGCGUGCCCUGAGGCUUGAAUUGGAAAAUAAAAGAUUAUUAAGCACAAUAGAUUCACUUAAAGAAGACAGUUUCCAUGAAAGUGCCCAUAAAAUUCUAGAAUUGGAAAAAGAGAAGAAAAAACUUGUGUUGAAAACUGAACAACUGCAAGAGAACUGUGACAGGCUCACUCAACAGAAUGUUGAGCUAGAAAAUUUGUUCAAAAAUGCCAUACAGGAGAAUAGAAAAGUUCAAAAUGGAAUGGAUUCAUUGAAAAUAAUUUCUGACAGGCAAAGUCAGGAUUUGCAAAAUGAAAAAACGAAAAUUACUGAACUUGAAAAAAAUAUUGGUAGUCUUUCUAAAGAGAAGCAGCGGGUGCAAGCUUUGUGUGAUGUUGUUAAGAAAAGAGCUGAUGAUGCUGAAAAAUGUUUGAAUCAAGUUUCAGAACAGUUACAAAAUUUACAGGUUGAAGUUGAUAAAGGCAAACAAGCUGAAAAACUAGGCUCCGAAUUACAAGAAAAAAUAGCUUCCCUAGAAAAAGAGAAUAGUGGUCUUCAGAGAGAGGUCACAAAGCUAAAGGAAGUGAUGGAGGAAAAAGAAGUAGUUCUAGACAAAAAUACUGAGGAGAAAGUGAAACAAGAAAAAGAAAUUCAAAAAUUACAGAUUGAAACUUCAAAUUUGUUAGCUCAAAUAGAAAAACUACAAGAAUUUGAGCAGAAGGCUACCGAGUUGAUUUCUCAAGCUUCAGUACAUUCAGAAACUAUCGCUACUUUACAAAAGGAUCUAGUUAAUGAAAAAGUUAGCAAUGAAAAAUUCAAAACGAGUUUAGAUAAAUUAGGCUUAAAUCUGGACACAUUGGAUAAUGACAUCAACAUUAUAGUAGAAAAACUUUUGCAAAAUACCGAAAUUUCCAAAUGUAUCCAAUCUGUUUUCAAAGAAAGAGAAAUUAUAAAGGAGGCCCCUUGUAAAACUUGUCACCUGGAGGGUGAUGCAUUGAAGCAGGCCGAAGAAGUUGCAAAAUCCAUAAGCCUAGAAUGGAGUCAGCAAUGUGAUAAACUGUACGCUGACAUCGCGACAUUGCAAUCCAGUAAUGAUGUUUUGCAAAAUGAGAAUGCCACUUUGAAAGUGGAUGUUUCUACUUUAAAAUCUCAGGUUCACUCGUUGCAAGCUCAACAGACUGCUUUGCAAUUGGCAAAUAGUCAAUUAGUUGCAGAAAAAGAUGAGCUCUCAAAACAACAGAAGCAACGAAAAUUGGAAAGAGAACAAAUUUUACUUGAUCAAGGCACUUUGAGGACAUUACACGAGCAAUUGAGUAGUGAAUACGAGGAGCUGAAGCUUGAGCAAGAAAACUUGAGAAAAGUUAACAGAGAUUUGAGAUCUGAAAAAAGAGCUUUGCAGGAAAAUAAUGAUUGUUUGGAAAUAAAAGUGUCCAAUAGUGAGCUGGAGAAGGAAAAUUUAAGGAUUGAUGCUAUAAAUUUGAAUAAUUUGAGGGGUGAACAUUCAAAACUAAAGGACGACUUUAGAAAUCUCUUCACUGCCAGUGAGCGACUUAAAGUUGAGUACAGAAACGUACAAGAAGAAUUGAAAAAUUUGAAAACGGAAUCAAGAAAUUUGAGACUAAGUCAAACUGAAAUACAAGGCGAACUCAAUACAAGAUCAGAUAGAGUUUCUGGGCUGCAACUCGAAAAUGCCAAAUUGCAACAAAAAUGUGAUAUGCUCUUUGAAAUGAACCAUUCUCUGGAUUCCGACAGACGUGCUUUGAUGGACCACGUUUCACAACUGCUAACGCAAUACCAUUCACUUUUGACGCAUUCUUUAGAGGACAAACAGCAUUAUCAUUCUGAAGAAAAAUUGUACGCAGAUAAAGUUAAUAAUUUGUGUAGGCAAAAGGAAAAACUAGAGGAGAAAAUAAUGGAGCAUUAUAGAAAGUUGGACAAUGCAUCUGCUAAAAAAAAAGGUUUUGGCGCUACACUUGUCAGAAAAGUCAGGAAAGCAGGAUCAGAUAUCAUCAACAAGGUACCAAGCAGGAAUCGUCGUUCUUGGCAUGAAGACGCAACCCGUUUAACCCAAUCUCAAUUCACAUUGGCGGGUAAUGGAUCUGGUGAAUCAGAUAAUCGUGAUUCGGACAACAGCAAUGAGGACUUGAUGGGGAACCAGAGGAACGCGAAUACUGUGGAAAACUUUAGAAGAAACACCUCUGGGACGGGUAGUUUGCAUGGACAUAAACCUCGGGACGAGAUCGCAUUGCGCAGGUCACACAGGGAUCUUAGUUUACAUAGAAGCAGUAUAGCUGGUGAUCAAGUUUUUAAUAGAGAACCAGGCAGUGCUUUAAGUUUGGGUUCAGUUGGUUCUCGAAGAACAGUUUACCUUUCAGAAGACGAUACAGGCCCAGUAAAUGCAUCGACGCCUCAAACCAAUAACCAAAAUGAUUCUUCGAAUCCGCCAUUAUUGGUUUAUAACAGGAUAUCAAAUGUUAUAGGAGCUGACAUUUCCCAAAUUCGUAGACCUUCAACUCCUCAAAGAAGCUCCCCACCUCAGGCUGCAACAGUGCCUGAAGAAAAUGCCAAUACACCAAAUACAGCGGAAAGAAAAGAAAAAAAUGCAAAAGAAACAGCUAUUUGGUAUGAGUAUGGAUGUGUAUGAAAUCUUAUAUGAAAGACCUAUACAUAAUGUCUGCCCAGCGAAUCUGUGUCUACGGGGCAACGGUAAGGGGAAUGCAGUUGUCAAAAAAAAAUGGCUGAUUUCAUUCAUAAAAUACCCAGCUGCGUGCGGAACUUUUUGGAAGUGUUAUUGUAUUGCAACUCGUACACGAAAAUCAGCAAUUACCAAAUCUCCGCCACUGGAUAUUUCAAUAUAAAUCGAUAUUCCAAGAUGGGAGGAUAAAAUGACGUGAGCCCUGGCCAAUAGCGAGACGUAAGGUGACGUUAGCUCAUUGACAACCGUAUGGUUCCCCAUGACAACGGCGAUCCUGCCAAAAACUCCACCAAUCAGGUUCAUCCAGGACGGAUGCUUGCCAAAUUGUCAAAAGCUGAUGGUAUUUUUAGAAAAUGUUUAUUUUUUACAAUAGACCAAAUUGAAGAAGUCAGGAUUAAAAUAAGGAUAGAUCUAACAACCACGUUAAAAUAUUUAGCGUUUUAUUAUUGUAUCAAUAUUUUGUUAUUAAAAAAUGGAUUUUCAAAUUAACUAUACUUCAUCCCUAGUAUUUUCGCUUUUUUAUAAAUAAACGUGGCAACAUGGCACAUUUACUUCCGAAUUCCUUCCGUAGACGCAGAUCCGCUGGGCAAACAAUACAAUACAAACUUAAUUAGGUAUAUUUACACAACGAAGAAAUUUUAAUAGCCUUAUUGAACAUAUGUAUUUUACUUCCAAGGAAACAGUGAUAUUUUAAAUGCAACUUUCAACUAACAAUGAUUUAGGUUUAGGUUAUUUUUUUUAUUAGUUGACAAUAUGGCGGUGUCGAAUGUUGUAGGAACUCCGUCCAAUAUUUACAGAAUAAUGUAUUUAUUUUAUAAUCUUCAUUAACAAUUUCAAUCAUAGUAUUAUCCUUAGAAUCCCUAAUAAUCACCAUAUUGUCGGCUAUUGAGUGCACUAGUGAUUCUUGUUCUUUUAAUAAUUUACUUCUAUGUUUUUUUUUUCGGUUACAUUUGUUCCUUUUUUUUAUAAAUAUUUUUUUUUGCAGUAUUAUUAUGAUGUUUUUUGCAGUAUCGUGUUAAUUCUGAUCUCAAAAUUUAUUCUUUGCUUUUACUAACAUUUAGAAAAUAUUUUUCGCAUAAAUGCUUUAUAUGUUAAAGUCUAUACGAAGUCACUUGGACUAGUAUAAAAACUAAAUCCCCUCAUAAGUCCGCUUUUUCUUUGUUAAACAUGGGCGGCGUAAUUUCAAAAGACACUACUUAAAUUAAUAAACAAACUUAUCGAACAAACUAUACCUUUACAACUUCAAAUUGAGACUUAUCAGAAUCAAAUUGAGAACAAACAUUUUCAAAUUGAGAUUAAACAAAAUCAAAUUGAGAACAAUCAAUUUCAAAUUGGUACAACGUUCAAUUACAUGGAAACGGAUGUUGUACCAUUUUGAAAUUGAUUGUUCUCAAUUUGAUUGUUUUAAGUCUCAAUUUGAAAAUGUUUGUUCUCAAUUUGAUUCUGAUAAGUCUCAAUUUGAAGUUGUAAACGUAUAGAGUAGGAAAUGUACUGCACUGUCUCUCAUACCGACAAUCAUGUCGCCCCACAAAGCGGAAUGAACAAAAGCAGUAUGAACAAAAGCAGUAUGUCGGCCAAUCAAAAAUCGGCAAUGGCCAAUCAGAUCUAUCGAGUCCACGUUGACUAGCAUCGAACGUGUACAAGAAGCCAAGAUCUAUCCAUCCCUACUUGUCUAGCUUCCAACGAUAACGAGGAGCAAUCACUAUAAAUUUUGCUAUAUUUUUCAAUAGCUGAUGCAGUAUAUUGACCAGACCACUAUUUUAGGCCUCGUCCAAGUAACUUCGUAUAGACUUUAACAAAUUAGACUUAGGAAAAUGUUUUAUUGUAAAGCAAUGCCCAGUUUUUGAUUUAUCUCAGAGCAAAUCUAAUUUGCUUGUUUGUAUUUAUUUUUACCUUUACUUUAAGUAUAUAAAGCACACUGAUACUUACCCUACAUUUCUAGUGUUUACCAUUGCAUAAGUGAUACAUGUAAGAUAUUUAUUUAAUUUUUAUACUUUUUUUGAAUUAUAAUGCUGUGGUUCUUUGCCAGAUGUAGUCUAGGAAAAUUGUUGAUUUUCCCCGCUGAAUGGGGGUGAGUUACAAAAAAAGUUGAUAAGGAAAAAUUGUAGAAAAUGUAAUCUUAUAAAACUUUUUUUUGUAAAAAAAUAAAAAAACCUAAAACUACCCCUAUUGAAAAAUGGCAGGGGGUGAGUAAAAACCUUAUAAAGCAAAAACGUUGUAUUUCUUGUAGAGUUUUUUUUCACGUUGGUUGAAAUUUUAUAUUUUCAUUAUAAGUUUCAAACGGCCCUUAUGACCACAGACGGCCCUUAAUCAAAAAAGUCUUUAGAUAAACAUUGUUGAUCAAAUAAUGUUGCACAUCUUUUAUUUGGAACAUUUUUUUGUAAAAUCAAUAGGAACCAAGUAAUCGCCAAUAGCGCACCUUCAACCCCUAUAGCGCAAAACGCCAGAGGGGUGAAUGUGUGAUAUCUUCGGUUUUAUGAUAACCCACCCGCCCCCUAUCAUCCCUGAAAAGUUCAUUUGGGUAGGAAUUUUUUUUUUUGCAAUGCAUGUAUUUUUUGACAAUUUUCCUAGACUGAUGUUCAAUAAUCAAAACGAAUUGCCUUUGAAUAAAUUUUACUAGAAGUACAUUUUUUACUAAGUAGGUACGUAAGUUUAUAUUUAAUAUUUUGCCAGAUGUUUGUGUACAAAUUUUUGAGAUAAAUAAAAUGCGCACUUUAUAA